AAGUGUACUUACGCCGUAAUUCACCCCCCACUACUACUGCUAACCGCUCCCCGGCUUUUUAAAGCUCGCGUCGGCACCCGCCAUCCCUUUCCACACUUGCUCUUCUCCCGGGCUUCCUCCUUCCACGCGGCCAGCGGCGCCUUUAUUACCCCAGUACGUAUCUCUCUCUCUCUGAUCUCGGACCAUGGCGACACGGUCGGCGCACAGGCGGCAGGAAUUCAGCUUCGCAGGGGACGAGGGGGCCGACGACGAGCGGCGGCGCGCGAUGCUGCCGCCGCGGCUGCCGGAGUUGGCGGCGAACCCGAUGGCGCCGCGGGCAGGGGAGGAGGAGUUCCGGUGGCUUCAGGAGUCGAGGCUCGGCUCGCCGGAAUCGGCCGUCUUGUCCGGGUCCGGCACGCCGUCGCCGCGGCUCUGGACGCACCUCGACGACGACCGGAGGCUGUACCCGGCGUCGGCGGGGAGCUCGCCGCCGGGGCCGUCGCGGGCGCAGGCCAUCGCCGGGUACCGCCGCGAGAUGCUCGACCUCGUCCGCGGCCUCCCCGAGGCCGCCUACGAGCUCUCCCUCCGCGACAUCGUCGAGCAUCGCUCCUCCCCCCCUCUCCCUCCUCUCCCACCUCCGCCGCCCGCCGUCGCCGUCGCCGGGGAAGAAGAACUAGGAUCAAGGAAGCAGGGUGCUACUACUGCUGCUACUACUACUACGGUGGCGACUACGGUGGCGGCGGCCAUGGCGGACGACGAGGAAGAUUACGAGGAACAGAGGAAACAGAGCAUCGGGGGGAAGAAACAGGGGAAACAGGGGAGGAAGAAGAUGGGGAGGGCGCGGAGCCGGAGCAUGGAGCGGAGCGUGAGCCUGGACACGGGGCUGCUCAUCAAGCUCUUCAUGCCGCUCUCCGUCGGCGGCGGCGGCCGGACCAAGAAGAAGAAGGUCUCGCCUUCGCCCAAGCCUGUGGCUGACAAGGACGGCCUGAAGAAGAAGAAGAAGCAGGGGAGGAAGAAGAGGAAGGAGGGGGAGGAGGAGGAGUGGUGGAAGAAGAGCGAGUUCAGCAGCGAGGCGGGGAGCAGCAGCAGGACCAGCAGCUCCGGCAGCAGCAACAGCAAUGGCAGCGCCAUUGGCAUUCCUGCUGGCGCUGCCGGCGGCACGACGAAAGCUCCGGCCAAGACUAUGAUCAGAAAGAGACUUGGGUGCUAUGGUUUCUUUAGGUCAGAUAAGAGCAAAAAUGGAGCCAUACAAGAGUAAGGAAACGACAAGGAGAGAAGGGAAGGACUCCUCUGAUGAUCAGCUCAUGAACACCAGCAUGUCAACCAAAACAAAAUCAUCACUGCUGAUGCACAGAAAUGGAGCUCAUGGAAGCAACAACUUGAUUAACUUGCAUGCCUAGAAUUGGUGCAACAUGCAUGCUGUGGCCCCUGCUCAUGCACAAAACAGAUACAUCUUGUCAAUGGAGAGGCAGAUCAUUUAUCCAACAACAGCAGUACUGAAGUCUUUGCUUUGCCACAUAUGCUGUACUUCCUUUACCUUUUUCUGGAGGAAAAUCUGCUGUAUUUUCUCAAACAAUCACAUCUCUAGCUAGCUUGUACUAUCCUCUUGUUUGUACAUGUCCUAAUGCAAUAGUACUGUUUUUGUUCACUAGUUGUCCAUCUAGAAUAAAACUGCAGAGAUUGUGGUU